UCACGGAGCCUUCCGCUAGUUGUUGGCAUCUGGUCGUCAACAACCUCGAGGUUGCGUCCCAUCCCGAGCUCCGCGCAAGUGCAGCUCUCCCGGCCAUGGCGGCGGCGGCGCAGAGGCUCCUGCUGGCGAGCACGAAGAUCGUCGGGGUCGGGCGCAACUACGUGGCCCACGCCAAGGAGCUCGGCAACCCAGUCCCCAAGGAGCCGGUGCUGUUCCUGAAGCCGACCUCGUCCUUCCUCCACGCGGGCGUGGCCACCGCCGCCGUCGAGGUGCCCGAGCCGCUCGAGUCGCUGCACCACGAGGUCGAGCUCGCCGUCGUCAUCUCCCGCCGCGCGCGCGAUGUCCCCGAGGCCUCCGCCAUGGACUUCGUCGGAGGUUAUGCACUUGCUUUGGACAUGACAGCAAGGGACCUUCAAUCGGUCGCUAAGUCUGCAGGUCUUCCUUGGACUUUGGCUAAAGCACAGGAUACCUUCACUCCAAUUAGUGCAGUGGUUCCAAAAUCAGCUAUCCCUAAUCCCGAUGAUCUUGAGCUAUGGCUAAAGGUGGAUGAUGAACUUAAGCAGAAAGGGCCUACAAGUGAUAUGAUAUUCAAAGUUCCUUUUCUAAUCAGUUAUAUCAGUUCAAUCAUGACAUUGAUGGAGGGCGAUGUGAUAUUAACCGGUACGCCUGAGGGUGUAGGUCCUGUCCGAAUAGGACAGAAGAUCAAAGCUGGUAUAACUGGCAUCAUUGAGGCCGAGUUUGAUGUUCAGAGGCGCAACCGGACAUUUUCUGCCUGAUGUAACAACGUAGAAACCAUGGGAAAAUAACAUUGGACCAGAUUGUCCACUAGUGAUGUCUGCAAGUGAAAUUAAAGCGCCAUUCCUGAGUUACCACCACUGUAUCCAGCAAACUGCAAAUCAACUGUUCUGCAGUCUUCUCUGUGUAUCAUUUUUGUACGCCUGGAAUUGUGUAUGGUCAAAUCUCCUACUAGUAACUAUGCUUCAAUGAACUUGGUGUGCCCCAUGUCGGUGGAGUAUGUUCAUAAUGGUGAAUAUUGAUGGCUAGACCUUGGUUUUUUCCUUGGCUAGGACAAUACUGCAGCACCUAUAUGGAACUUGUAAAUGCUCCUGAUGGAAAUAAUAUCUCUGUUAAGCGUACAA